ACUCUCUUUUACCCCUUCACUUCGUGUUCAGACCUCUGUUGUGCAGGAUGGCUCAAUCUUAUGUGCGACUCGUGGAACUGUUAGGCUUUGAGAAAAGAUUCUUCCCCAGCCAGCACUAUGUGUACAUGCUCCUGGUUAAAUGGAGUGAUCAAUCUGAAAAGCUGGUGUACAGGCGCUAUCCAGAAGUCCACACAUUUCAUAAAACUUUGAAGGAAAUGUUCCCUAUUGAGGCAGGAGACAUUGAUGCAAAGGACAGAAUCAUUCCCAAUUUACCAGCUCCUAAAUGGCUCGACAAUCAGAAAACGACAGAGACGAGGCAGGUGACUCUCGCCGAAUACUUUCGUUCUCUUCUCAACUUGCCUCCGAAGAUCUCCCGCUGUCAAAUUGUACUUGACUUCUUCAAAAUGCGGCCUGAAGAUGAAACUCCACCAGCACCACAUCCAUACAAAAGAAAUGAGACAUUCAUUAUGUCCACAAACAGAGCACGGAGCAACACCACAUCAGAGAUCACAGGGCCUAUCAUGCUUGAGAGCUACAGAGUGAUUGCAGACUACAACAAGAGCUCAAAGCAUGAGCUCUCGCUAAAGAUGGGGGACAUGGUGGACAUUGUGGAAAAAAGCCCAAAUGGCUGGUGGUUUUGUCAGUGUGAGUCCAGGAGAGGCUGGGUGCCAGCUUCAUAUUUAGAGCCUCCAGAUGGUGCAGAUGAAUCAGAGGAACCAGACCCUAAUUAUGCAGGAGAGCUCUACAGAACCACUAAAGGGUAUAAAGCUGUUGAAGAGGAUGAGCUGACUCUCGAGGCAGGAGAGACGAUCGAGGUCAUCCAUAAACUUCUUGACGGGUGGUGGGUGGUCAGGAAAGGAGAAGAUACAGGUUUCUACCCAUCUAUGUUCCUGUGCAGGACGGGAGAGAGGAAAGAGGUGGAUGCUGAGAAGUAUGUGGUCAUAAGAGCAACACCACCACCCAGAAGGUCUACCAUACGCAAUGCCAACAGCAUCCAUCCUAAGGGACUUCAGCGAAUCAGUCAGGACACCUAUCGAAGACAGAGUCGACGGUUCUUACAGCAGCGAGGAAGACUAAACUCCCAAUCCAGGAAUGUGACACCAUCUCCACUGCAGGAGAGGAAGACAAACAGAGAGAAUAUCGUAAAAUCAGGCUCUCCUCAAGCAGAAGAUCUGAAUAAAAUUGUUCCAGUCAUUCCUCCUCGGCCCAGUCCUCAGCUCAUUCUGGAGCGCUGCACUGAGAACACAUGCAAGAGAAUCAGCUUCCAUGAGGCCAGCUGAAGUGAUGAAGCGUUUCAUCUUGACUCGAAUCUGUUACAAAAUGAUCACAGGCAUUCAGAUACUUGUUUAUACAGAACUUGUUAUAAGCUAUGUGUUAGAGAUUUUAUUCGUGUAACGUUUAUGUCAAUCAGCUAUAUUCCAGUAUGCAUUUUUAUAAUUUGCUGUGCUUGUUACUAUUCUGGAUGUUUUUGUAAACAGUGACAAGUAAGUAAAUAAAUAAUAGUUUACAAAUCAAA